GAGCCCGACCCGGGGCGGGGCGCUGAGCCCGCAGAGCCUCCCGCCCGCUCGGGCUGGGGUCGCGCUGGCUCGGACUCCCCUCCCAGCCCGCCGUGGCCAUGGAGGACGAGCGGAAGGACGGAGCCUACGGGACGCCGCAGAAGUACGACCCCACCUUCAAAGGACCCAUCUACAACCGGGGCUGCACAGACAUCAUUUGCUGUGUGUUCCUCCUCCUGGCCAUCGUGGGCUACGUGGCCGUGGGGAUCAUCGCUUGGACCCAUGGAGACCCUCGGAAGGUGAUCUACCCCACUGAUAGCCGAGGCGAGUUCUGCGGGCAGAAGGGCACAAAAAAUGCGAACAAACCCUUCCUGUUUUAUUUCAACAUUGUGAAGUGUGCCAGCCCCCUGGUCCUGCUGGAAUUCCAGUGUCCCACCCCCCAGAUCUGCGUGGAGAAGUGCCCCAACCGAUACCUCACCUAUCUGAAUGCUCGCGGUUCCCCGGACUUUGAGUACUACAAGCAGUUCUGCGUGCCUGGCUUCCAGAACAACAAGGGUGUGGCCGAGGUGCUUCGGGAUGGCGACUGCCCCCCUGUCCUCACUCCCAGCACACCGCUGGCCCAACGAUGCUUCCCAGCCAUCCACGCCCAUAAGGGGGUCCUCAUGGUGGGCAACGCGACGACCUAUGAGGAUGGGCACGGCGUUCGGAAAAACAUCACUGAGCUGGUUGAGGGCGCCAAGAAGGCCAAUGGGGUCCUGGAGGCUCGGCAGCUGGCCAUGCGGAUAUUUGAAGAUUACACUGUCUCCUGGUACUGGAUUAUCAUAGGCCUGGUCAUCGCCAUGGUGAUGAGCCUCCUGUUCAUCGUGCUGCUCCGCUUCCUGGCUGGCAUUAUGGUCUGGGUGAUGAUCGUCAUGGUGAUUCUAGUACUGGGCUACGGUAUAUUUCACUGCUACAUGGAGUACGCCCGACUGCGUGGUGAAGCCGGCUCCGACAUCUCCCUGGUGGAUCUCGGCUUUCAGACAGACCUCCGCGUGUACCUGCACUUGAGGCAGACCUGGAUGGCUUUCAUGAUCAUUCUGAGCAUCCUUGAGGUUAUCAUCAUCUUGCUGCUCAUCUUUCUGCGGAAGAGAAUUCUCAUCGCCAUUGCCCUCAUCAAAGAAGCCAGCAGGGCUGUGGGAUAUGUGAUGUGCUCCCUGCUGUAUCCACUGGUCACCUUCUUCCUGCUGUGCCUUUGCAUCGCCUACUGGGCCAGCACUGCCGUCUUCCUGUCCACUUCCAACGAAGCUGUUUAUAAAAUCUUCGGCGAUGUCAACACCUGCCCAGUUAAUGGGAAAACCUGCAGCCCUGAGACCUUCCCCUCCUCCAACGAGUCCCGCCUGUGCCCUGGAGCCCACUGCCAGUUCGCCUUCUAUGGUGGUGAGUCAGCUUACCACCGGGCCCUGCUGGGCCUACAGAUCUUCAAUGCCUUCAUGUUCUUCUGGCUGGCCAACUUCGUGCUGGCUCUGGGCCAGGUCACGCUAGCUGGGGCCUUUGCCUCCUACUACUGGGCCCUGCACAAGCCAGAUGACCUGCCUGCCUUCCCGCUCUUCUCCUCCUUCAGCCGGGCACUCAGGUACCACACGGGCUCCCUGGCCUUCGGUGCCCUCAUUCUGGCCAUCGUGCAGAUCAUCCGCGUGAUGCUGGAGUACCUGGAUCAGCGCCUGAAAGCUGCCGACAACAAGUUUGCCAAGUUCCUCAUGACCUGUCUCAAAUGCUGCUUCUGGUGCCUGGAGAAGUUCAUCAGAUUCCUCAAUAGGAAUGCCUACAUCAUGAUCGCCAUCUAUGGUACCAACUUCUGCACCUCAGCCAAGAACGCCUUCUUCCUGCUGAUGAGAAACAUCAUCAGAGUGGCUGUCCUGGACAAAGUUACUGACUUCCUCUUCCUGUUGGGCAAACUUCUGAUUGUGGGUAGUGUGGGGAUCCUGGCUUUCUUCUUCUUCACCCACCGUAUUAGGAUCAUACAGGACACAGCACCGCCCCUCAAUUAUUACUGGGUCCCUAUACUGACUGUGAUCAUUGGCUCCUACAUGAUCGCCCAUGGCUUCUUCAGCGUCUACGGCAUGUGUGUGGACACAUUGUUCCUCUGCUUCUGUGAGGACCUGGAAAGGAAUGACGGCUCUCAGGAGCGACCCUACUUCAUGUCGCCUGAGCUGAGAGACAUCCUGUUGAAGGGGAGUGCGGAGGAGGGGAAGCAGGCAGAAGUCGAGGAUGGAGGACCUAGAGAGGAAUGAUGGCUCGGCCGAGAGGCCUUACUUCAUGUCUUCCAAUCUCAAGAAGCUUUUGAACAAGACCAACAAGAAGCCGGCAGAAUCCUAAAGGCCCCACCUUCCCCCCACCUCCCCGCAAGGUCUCACGCUGGGUGCUCCGGCAGCUGGGUCAGAACCCCCAGCCCCUGGGGCUGACCGGAAGUCCUGUCACUGCCACACACCCCCCAUCAUCCAAUGGGGACCCGGAAGAUUGGUGGCAUCUCCUCCCUAUGCCAAGGGGCAAUCGGGCUUUUCGUGGCGGCCCCCCCAAGACUGCGCAACCGAUCGCUCCAGCCCUCACUGGCCGGGGUGGGAAGGAGUCCCGUCAGGGCUCUUGAUGUGUCUGGCCUGCGAUGGGGCCCAGCCUCUGUGGGCUGCCUCCCGCUUCCUGUUCCCUCUCAUGGCGGGACGGUGUUUGUGUCUGCGGGAGCCGUGGGCACCGUCAGCUCCAGCUCCUGAAGGCCCCCCGUCACACGCAUCUGCUCAAGCCAGGACGGAGCCCCCUCUCCAGAGCUGAACAACUGGCACGCAGGCUGCCACGUGUGUUUCUUUACUAUUUUUUUUAACCUGGCUAUGCAUUAAAGGGUCUAUUAGUUUUUUUCUGUCUCGACAGCUGAAAUGGGGCCGCUGAGGAGUGCCUUCUGUUAUCUGGUAUGGCUGCAGUGGGUGUGUAUUUCGUGCCCAGGGGGUGUCUCCUGGCAUGGGGGCAGCAGGGCACCCUGGUGGUUGAUGGGAGAUGAGGGAGUGAGACUAUUCUGGGAGGCUGCUUGGAGCAGGAGGGAGGAGACCACUGAUAGCUGCCUGAUGGGAACCGGCUGGCCGGCUGGCUGGCUGGCGGGCGGGCGGGCGGAGCUGGGCUGAGUUUCUUCCCUUCCUCUGCCAGUGAUGGACACAGCUUUCUUUGUAAGGAGAGAAAAGAAACUGAAUCCACCCAAGGGACAAUUUCAGGGGAAGGGGUGCAAGGCAAAUGCUGCCUGCACGCCGGACCUCCCUGCCCAGUCACCUCAUCUUGAGGAUCCUUUUGCCAAAUUGGUUGAACUCAGGACCUGGUUUCCUGGUUUCCUCUCUGCCAUAUCCUAAGGCCCCCAACUUCAUGUCUUUGUUCAUCAGCACAGUCCCAGGAUCCCUGAGAGGGAGAGAUUCCCGCCUGGGGUCUCCAUGUCCUGCGCCUGUCGCCAGUCCUCCCUCCCUGUUCUGUCCACACAUCCCUGCGUGUAACUGCAUUCCAACCACUAAUAAAGUGCCUAUUGUAACAGA